AUGGCCACUAAAACAGCUUCUCCAAAGACCCGAAAACCUAAAGUUAAUAACUUUGUAUUGGCCUUAGAGCAGUUCCUAGAAAAGCAUAAUCUGAUGGCCGAUUCUAUCCCAGAACAAUUAAACGAACAUGCUCCCAAACUCGAUAUAUUACUUCCUGAUUGGAUGGCUCGCAGGUGUGUUAAAGUCGCUCUUGCCAGAGAGGAAAGGGAAAAAUAUUGUGCUAAAAUCAGUAAUGCUAUGGACAUUUUUACCCAUCAUUUAGAUUUAGGCCCAAAAAAUGAUUAUGAAAAUGAAAUAGUCACCAGUGGUUCAUGCCAGUCGCAAUUUCGUGUAAAAUUAGCAGAAGGUGGGGUAAGUCCUAAAAUUAUUAAUACCUAUGCCAAAGAUCCAAAACUUAUUCAAGAGUCUAAUAAAAUUCAAAAAAAACAAACUAAAAAACGAAUGGCUAAUCCGGAUAGAAUUCCAAUACAUUUCUCAUCAGCAAGAGUGCUUAAAAGGAUUCAGAAUAUGGAUAUUUCUAAAAUUCCAUCUAAAGAAGAUCUCGCAGAUGUAAUUGUGAUGUUGAGUAUGAGACUUGCAGAAGUAAGAUCUCUUCAAAUUAUUCACUAUAAACUAGAUCAUUUGAAUGCUCCAGUAUGGUAUAAAGAAGGUUAUUCUUGGUACUGUACGGGCUAUUUAAAAAGUAGAGGAGAGAAGAAAAAAAAUCCUGAGCCCCGACUAUUUCUUUCCAUGGAGAAGAGCCCGGAAUGCGCCAGAGAAUUACUUACCUGGAUCCAAAAUGCAAUCAAGGCAAAAAAGUUGCGUGAUCCUGUCUUUACAGAAAAUGAAAUACAUAAUGCCUGGCUAUUUAACGAAUUCUUAAAACAAGAACCUUAUAGAACUAUACCUAAAAAAUUAAAAGAUUAUGGAAGUAAACACGCUUCCAGAAUUCAUGGUGGUAAGAAACCAACUCCCCAACAUCUUAAACUGCUUUUGAAAAUCGCAAUAAGACAAGAAUCAGAUCGCCUUGAUGCAGGUAAUAAUUACGCUAUAGGCAAUACAAAAUCAGAAGAGUCUGACUCCGAACCAGAGACAAGCGACAGUUCAAAACCUCAAAUACAGGCUUCUUCAUCAUCUCAAACAAUAGAAAUGGAUUCAAUGUUAGCUGAAAUUGAUACAAUGUUAGCUGAAAUUCAGAAUUAA